GUGAAAAUCAUAUGUAUAUGGAGUGUGAUAAUAAUAUCAAUCUCAUCUUAAAAUCUUAACAAGAUAUUCCAUUUAUUGAAUAAUUUUAACUCUGUGUUUAAACUCAUCUAAUUUUAAUUAAUACAGGGUGCUCUGUAAAAAACCAACAUAGUAACCGUCUGCUGAUUAUAUAGUUUACAUUUAACAGCUCAAAUGUAAAACUAAUUUUGAAGCUUAAAAUGAAUGGUGUAGUUGUUAGGCAGUGUUAUCUAUUUUACAAAAAUCAAUACUUGGUAUCAAGUAUUUUCAAUUUAGUUCAAGACGGUAGGAAAAUAACAAAAUUAAUUUGUUUUACUGUGAUUGUUUGACAUAAUUUGAACUAUAACUUUAAGAAGUAAAACACAAUGGAUGAAGAAGAUUAUACCAAACUAAAAUUAGAAAAUGCUUGUGUUCACAAGGUAUGGAAAGCGAGGCUCCUUGGAUAUGAGGGUACUGCUAAGGUCUUUCAGCAAAUUGAAGAUGAAAAAUCACUUGAAUGGAAUAAAUAUAUUGGAUUAGUCAAAAGGUUUGUGGUCGAUAGUCAUGCUCUUUGCCAGGAAAAAGGUUUAGAAGCAGUUCUUUUAUUUGUUGAAAAUUGUGGUAGCGCCGGUCUCACAGCUGGAGAUGUUGUUUCUGGAAUAAUACAGAAAUGUUUAGCUGCCCCGAAAGCCCGAACUAGGGAGUUAGCAUCUCAGGUAAUUUUAAUGUAUAUUGAAAUUGGGAAACAUGAAAUAGUGUUCGAUGAACUCAUUAAAGGGACAGAAUCCAAAAAUCCUAAAGUUGUUGCAGCCUGUGUUCAUGUUCUGGAACAAGCAGUUAAAGAAUUUGGAUGUAAAAUCAUAAAUGUUAGCAAGUUGAUGAAGCGUCUGCAAAGUCUUCUGGACGAUAGGGAUGGUAAUGUUAGGUCACAGACCAAGUUGCUCAUUGGUGUGGUUUAUCAUUGGAUAGGGCCAACCUUUAAACAACAGCUUGCAGCUAUACUAAAACCAGCACAAUUGGCUGAGGUAGAAACAGAAUAUGAAAAAGGAAACAAUAUAGCUGCAAAAGCUACAAGAUUUUUACGUUCUCAGCAGACUAAAAAAAAUACUGAAUUUGUUGCUGCUACUAUUGAAAGAGAUGUGAGUGCAACUGAACAUGAAGAAUUUGUUGAGAAUGAAACAGAUAGAUAUGAUCUACUUGAACCUGUUGAUAUUUUGAGUAAACUUGAUAAAAAUUUCUAUACUAAACUUGAAUCUAAGAAAUGGUCUGAGAGAAAAGACGUUCUGGAAGAAUUAGAAAAACAGCUUGCUGCAACGCCAAAGCUAGAGCCAGCAGAUUAUAGUGAAAUGAUACAAGUAUUAAAAAAAAUAAUAAGUAAAGAUUCUAAUGUUGUUGUGGUUGGAAUUGCUAUAAAAUGUGUUACGGGUAUUGCUAAUGGUCUAAGAAAAAAAUUUAAUCAAUAUGUUUCUCUUAUCAUACCUGCACUAUUUGAAAAAUUUAAAGAAAAGAAACAAAACAUUGUUUUAGCUCUUAGAGAAGCAGUAGAUGCUGUUUAUUUAACAACUAAUUUAGAAACAUUCCAAGAGGAUGUUGUUACUAACUUAGAUAAUAAAAAUCCAUGUAUCAAGUCAGAACUAAGUGGAUUUCUGAGUCGUUGUUUCUCUAAAUCAACGCCUAAUGUCUUAACUAAAAAAUUAUUGAAGAUACUUUGCAAAGGUUUAAGUAAUGGGCUUCGGGAUCAAGAUCCUACUGUUCGUGAUAAUUGUGCUCUCGCCUUAGGUACUGCUAUGAAAGUAGUUGGUGAGAAAACAAUAGCACCAUUUUUGGUUGAGGUUGAUCCACUAAUGCUAAAAAAGAUAAAAGAAUGUUGUGACAAAGUUAAUUUAUUAAUAAAACAACCAAGUAAAAAAAUAAAUGAAGGUCCAAAAACUAUGCCUGAGGAAGUCAAAGCAGCUAAUCCCAGUUCUGGAAAAACGGAUAGUACAACUUCAGAAAAGUCACAACUGGAAGAAAGCUCCAACAUACUUACAAGGCAUGGGAUCUCUCAAGUAGAUAAUCAACAUAAUGUUGAUAUUAGUAAUCAAAUCACUGAUAAACUGGUUACAGAAUUGGGAGAUAAGAACUGGGAGGUACGAGCAAGAGCAGUGGCAAAACUACAAGGCUUAGUUAACUCUUCUCAGGUGAUAACUUGCAAUCUUAGCUCAACAGCCGCUUCUGUUAUUGCAGCAAGAAUUUCAGACAGUAAUACAAAAAUAUCUGCUAGUGCCAUUGCUUUGGUGGAGACAUUAGCUCUUGCUAUGGGACCAUCAUUUAAAACAUAUGUUCGCAUUUUUCUUCCAGCAUUGAUGAAAGCGAUUGGGGAUCCUAAGAUAUGGAUUCGUUCAGCUGUAAUACCAUGCUUCAAUACCUGGGGUAAAGUUUGUGGGUUUAAAGAAUUUUUUGAAGGAGAAAUCAUUGCAGAAGCACUUAAAACUGGAUCUACAACAGUGAGAUCUGAAUUAUGGGCAUGGUUGGCCAAUGUAUUACCGAAUAUUCCUAAUAACAGAAUAAAGAAGGAAGAAUUGACAGCUUGUUUACCUAUUCUUUAUUCUAACUUGGAAGACAGAAGUUCUGAUGUAAGGAAAAAUGCUAGUGAUGCUGUUUUAGGAUUCAUGUUACACCUUGGAUUCACCAAUAUGACAAAAGCUAGUGAAAAUAUUAAAGGGUCUAGUAAUUCUCAGGUGAAACAAAUCCUAGAAAGGACAAGAGGUACUCUUCCUGUUCAACCAAUGCUCCAACCCAAGCCAGUAGACGAAUCUAAAGAAAAAAUUAAUCCUUUGAUUGCUAAAUUGUCGUAUGGAUCUUCGGCUACAAUUUUAAGCUCAAAGUCAAAAGGAAAUACACCAUUCUCUAAGUCAACCACAAUGUCAUGUAAAAAAGAAAACACUGGAGGUUGUUUGCUGCAAGUGAAUUCACUAAAGACUCAAAGGAUUAUUGAUGAACAAAAAUUAAAAACUCUUCGUUGGAACUUUAUUACUCCAACGAAGGAAUUCUUUGAUCUUCUCCGAGAGCAAAUGACAGUUGCAAAAGUUGAUAAAGUGCUUGUUGCUCACAUGUUUCACAAUGACUUCAGAUAUCACAUUCGUGCCAUAGAUGCAUUGAGCAACGAUUUACUAUUGAACAAAGAAGCCUUGAUAGCUAAUUUAGAUUUAAUAUUGCGUUGGAUGUCUCUCAGAUUCUUUGAUACUAAUCCAUCAGUACUUUUGAAAGGAUUAGAUUAUUUGAACUCAGUUUUUAGUGUUCUCAAGGAAGAAGAAUACAGUAUGAUGGACAGUGAAGCAUCUUCUUUCUUUCCUUAUCUAAUACUUAAAGUUGGGAAUCCCAAAGACACUGUUAAAAAUAGUGUUCGUGGUAUUUUAAAACAGAUAAGUGCUGUUUACCCUGUGAGUAAACAAUUCUUUUACUUGAAGGAAGGUAUGAAAUCCAAAAAUGCUCGCCAACGAUCGGAAUGCUUAGACCAAUUAAGCUGGUUAAUUGAAAAUUAUGGCGUUUCUGUCUGUAAUCCAAGCCCAGCUGGUGCUUUAAAAGAAAUAGCCAAGCAUAUUGCUGAUCGUGACAUAUCAGUUAGAAAUGCUGCUUUAAAUUGUGUUAUAACAGCUUAUUUUCUUGAAGGAGAGAAAACUUUGAAAUGGGUAGGCUCUAUUUCAGGAAAGAAUAUGUCACUGCUAGAAGAAAAAAUUAAAAGGGCAACUAAAAGUCCUCCUAUGAAUAUUGUAAAGCCAUUAUUUGUUCCUGUUGUAUCUGUAGAUGUACCAGAAGAUGGAGAACAGUAUCAAGACAUAAUUACUAAUAUCAUUUUACAACAAGAUACAAAAGUUUCUGCCAUUAAUGGAACUUAUGGUUUUGACCAAACUGUUAUUGAUAAAAUUGAAAGUACAACAGCACAUUUUCAAGUUCCAAAAUUGGUUGAUAUUGAUUUACAAUUCAUGAAAGAUCAAAUUAAACCAAUAUCAAUUAAAUCUGUUACAACUCAUAAUGUAGCAACAAUAUCUUUGAACUGCUCGCAACCAUCUGCUAUCAUUCAUGAAUUAUUAAACAUAGAUAGUAAUGAUAUAGAAAGGGCUAUAGCAGCAAUAUCAAGAAUUGAUAUCAUUCUUAAUUCAGAAAAUUGGGAUUAUUUAACUGAAUUUGUAGAUCUAAUGGUUUCUCAACUAGUUUAUUUAAUAAUAAUUCUUAAUCAAAGUGAACAUUCAAAAGUAAUCAACUGCUAUAAAGCAGAUUUUUCACUCUUUCUAAGGCUAUGUGACCAUGCAGAGCUUUGCUCUAAAAUUACAGAAGCUACUCUUUAUAAAGUAUUUGAGCAGCUUAUAUAUCUUUUAACUGAACCACGUCUAGACAUGUUAGACGAACAAGACAUAUUUGUCACGUUUGUUAACAAUUUAGUAACAAGGCUUCUUAAAAACUCCAAUAAGACCGAUAUAUUUUGUGCCUUAUUGAAAAUGCUUUACAGUACAGUUAAAAAUUCAAAAGUAACUGGUCAUUGCAAUAGUUUAGUUAUCAAAUGGAUUCAGACCUUAAAUAAAUCUCAAUCAGAAUGGGAUUCCGAAUUAAAUUAUUGCAGAUUACUUUAUGAAAUCCACAUUUUCUUAAAGGAUUAUCCUACUUCAUGGUGGAAAAAUAAAGCAGAUGAUUUUCCUUUGAGAACUGUAAAAACCAUUUUAUAUACUAUGGUAAAAAUUAGAGGCACUGAAGUAAGAGAAAUGUUUAAAAGAAUGCCUAAUACAUCCAAAGACACUGAAUUAUAUAAGUACAUCAAGAAAACCAUAAAGUAUAUUAAAGUAGAAGAGUUUUCGAAGGACUCCACUUCAAGCAAAGAGAACCCUAGAAGUGCCAGACAUCCUACUCCUAGAAUCUCAAAAGAAACUAAAUAUGAACUAUCAGAAAUUUUUCAAAUGAUAGGUGAUUUAGAAAAAAUGUCACAGGGAAUGAAAAGGUUAUUUGAAUUCAAGAAAUCUCAUCCUAAAACCGACAUGCAAACUUUCCUCUCUAAAGCAACUCCUCAAUUCCAACAAUUCAUUAUGCAGGGACUAAAAGCAUUAGAGCAGAAAUACUUGGAGUCAUCAGACACUAACAAGAAGUUGGAGUCAUCAGAUAAUAACAAGAAUUUCGAGACAUCAGGCAGUAACAAUAAGUUGGAGUUAUCAGACAGUAACAAUAAGUUGGAGUCAUCAGACAGUAAUAAGAAGGAAACAAAGAGUAAAGAGUUCCAGCAAGUGAAAGGAAUAAAACACUUGACUGAGGAAGCUGAAUGGCUUUGGAAUAGGUUAAAACGUCUGCAAGAAAAAUUGGGUUAGCAGGGUGACAAAAAUAAAGAAUACAUAACAGAAUGAUCUGAGGAACUGCCAAAUGUGGUAGUUGAUAUAAAUAUGUAAUAGGAUUUCUAUGUAUUAAAAGUAAACUUUUUAUAAUUAUUUAUAU